AUGUAUGUCCGCUUUUGCUUAGAAAAUCCAGGUUCUUCCUCUUCCUCAUCCUCUACUCACGGCGGCUCCGGCAACCACAGCAGCGCUGUCAACUGUAACCGAACAGACAACGCCUCUGGAGGAAGGAGCAGCAGCAGGAGCAACAGCGACAAUGACAGCAGCAGCAGUCUCUACAGCGAUCUCGUCAGCAGUUUUCAUCACACCUCCGUCAGCAUUCCUAACAGCCUCACGGUCAGCAGUCCCGACACAGACACCAUCCGCAGUUCUGCGAACGAGGCCACCAGCAGUUCUGGUAGCAGCACCACCAGUAGUACUGACAGCAGCCCUAUCAGCAGGAGGGGAGAGAGAUAUUCUGCAGCUGAAAAAGGAAACAAGGAAGGGCGGUAUGUGUUCUCUUCCAUCGAGAGGCCUACGCUUUGCAUCACUGAAGCAGCGCCCGCAGUAAGGCCAGAAGCAACAGAGACAACAGCAGAUCAAAAAGAGGAAACAGGAUCAUGCGUGGCAAGGGAGAAGCUCCUUUCACACGAAAAGGUGCUGAGCGGCAAACAAGCGAGGGAUGACUAUUUAGCAGCAGCGGCAGCAGCAGCAGCUAAGUGGAAGACGGAAGCAGCCGCCACGGCAGUGACAAAUACAACGACUGCGACGGGGACCAAGGAAACGGCAGCAUCCGCAGAAAAAGGCAAAGGACACGAGGAGAUGAAAAGGACGUGUGCAGGACCUGUAUUCGACAACGUCAUCCCUGCUCUGCACCAGGGCGUCGUGGGCAUGCGUGUCGGAGGAACCGUUAAUGGGGAUCAAGCACUGCAAAUCCUCGCAGCAGAGAGUACCCGCCGCGCACGGCUGCCCCGAUGUUCUGCAAAUACUAACUGUACUCUGCGAGAACGGGGAACCGAAUAUUGCAGAGCUGAAGAGCUGCAGAGCUCGCGACGAGGCAGCGCGGAGUGCCUGAGCAGGACCUCCACUGUCGGGUGCUGUGCGGAUCGAAAGCACAGAGCGAGCCGAGCAAUACAAAGAUGGACGCCAGGAUGUCGACACAGAAGAAACAGAAGGAGUGCGGGUGAGGCGCGUGACAGAGAAGACAGGAGAGGGCUGGAAAUGAUACGGGUGUUACUGGAACGGAGAAGCCGAGCUAGAGAUGACAAUAGAGUACAUGCGUGCCCGAAAGGCAGCAGGGGGACAACUGUCGUCAGCCGUGACAGGAGCGGUCUGACAUGUGCUGAUCGGUGCGGCGAGCCGGAACCGUGUCUCAAGGCGACGUGA